AAAUACCUUACGCGAGUUAUCCGGAGGCUCUGCAGAGCGGCACUUGCCGAAGUCGAAGUGGGACGUCUAGGGACAUUCAUAUGCUCACCACGACGACGACCAUCGAUCUUCGAAGGCAGAAGAGGUGAUGGAUCUUGAACGGCACACACUCUGACAUCACGACAUCAUUGAUGCUUGUCUGAACUGGCAGACGACUCUUUAAAAUGACAGAUUACGAGCGAACCAUAUUGGAACAUUACAAACUGCCAACUCCAUAUCCUGUAGAAUGGCCUGCCGAAAAGGAUCUAAGUGAUGGUUCGGAUGCAGAUGACGACGACAACUCGAGAGCCCUGCGUUUGCAGGAGAUGAAAAAGCGCAGAUCCAGGUUUUCUGCCUUGGAACGGGUUGCCAGUGACAGACGAAGUCUUGUCCCAGGAUCACAAAAGACUGACAAUGGGAUGGAGAACAUGGUGCAGAGAGAUGAACCUGAUCCUCUAGGUUCUACUGAUAGUGUUGUUAGAGUCCUAAGACAGCUGGGCCUGCCAAUACAAGAGGAUCCAGUACUACGUAAUAGAUUCCUCUUGUCCUCUACGACAUUUUCUCCGUCCCUAUUCCUCUCCCAAGUCCACGCGAAUGCAUCUACGCAGGACCUCCUUCAAGGCCUGGAUGUACUGUCAAGAUCCAUUGAUCAGAAGUCCGCUUCGUUGAAGGUCUUGGUGGAAUCAAAUUUCGAGCGCUUCGUUCGCGCCAAACAGACCAUCGACAAUGUAUAUAGGGAGAUGAAAUACCGGGGAGCAGAACCUCCUGCUGCUCGAAAUCGGCCUCAUUCUCGCCGUACCAGCAGGAACAGCUUCCGAGCGAGUCAGGGUAAUCAAGUCGCUAUGGCGAAUCCUGCUUUGGAUAACAGAAAAAAGAACGCUUUGACAAAAGAAAGCGAAUAUGGAGUUUUGGGAAUUAAGACCCCUCUCCUCGAUGUCUCUGCGAAGGCCGAAGAAGUCUGGGGACCCGCAUUAGGAGGGCGGGAAAAAGAGGAUAGUCUAAAAGCUAUGUCUACGACUGUCGAACGAUACAAGGAAUUCUACGAAUGUAGCGGAGCAGUAACUGACGCCAUCAAACGAAAAGACUAUGAGACACUCGUGGAGGAAUAUGCAAAGGCGAGGCGCUUUGCAGAUGAUGCAAAGAAACUCACGGAAGAUUUGGGAACUUCCUCUCCGACUGACUCUCAAAUUCGCAAAAUUCUACUGGCGGCACGUCUAUGGCAUGAUGUUGAGGAGCAAAUUGAAGACUUCAAGCGUGAUAUCUGGCGGAGGCUUAUUGCAACGCAAAACGUUUCCCUGAAGCCAGAGGGGAGCAUUGGUAACCCACCAGACCAGCAUAUGGAACUCAUCGGUAUACUUCUCGAGUUGGGAGUAACGGACAACCCAAUCUGGGUCUGGUUGCUCAGCCGUUAUGACCAUUUGAAGAAUAAAAUCCAAAUGACCUCAGAUCGUUCCAAGAUGGAAAUCGAGAUAAUACGACGCCGGUUAGCAUAUAGCGAGAGACCAUCGCCUCAGACAAUAGCUUCUCAUUUACGGUCACUAAGUCGACAUACGGCGGAUGAGAAACCUGCUUCUGUGGAUUCCGCUGAGGUCAUCGAGCUCUGGGAGAAGAUGAAUUCUUUCAUUAGCGGUAUGCUUUCGCCCCAAGGGAUCCUUGGAGAAGUAUUGGAAUUCUGGCAAACCGUGCAGAGCUUCAUAGACGGACAAGCACAGAAGGCUUUGCCGGUGGGGAUAAACGGGGAGUCUCAACGACAUCAUAGACUUUCGAGUCAAGGCACAGCCGACUUGCAGAAAGGCACAGUUGAGCUAAUAGACAUGAUCCGGGAGAGUAUAUUUCAAUUCUUUGCUGAUCCCCCAAUCGACGAUAUCUCUGCCUUAUUUUCGCCAUUAUUUAGUCCGAAGGCCCCAAAGACCCCAGGCACUGCACAAUUCACACCUACCUCGUUUCGGGGGUUUAAUAUUGACCCCAGUAACCUUCCACCUCCUUCUCCAAAACGAGGCGAGGCGUGGGAGAAAUUCGCUUUUUGGCCGCCAUGGUCCAACUCGCUCAGUGGAGUACACUAUCUAGCAAAGUUUCUUGCAUUGGUUGGAACUGGUGCCAGUGAGAUGGCCGCGGUUGGUCCCGUGGGCAACGGGGAUGGGCAAAUUUUAGAACGGCUGAGGACCCUUGUUGGCAGCGCAAGAGAAAGAUGUGUCACAGCAAUAUGUGCAGCUUGGAAUAGGGAUGCUGAGAACAUUAAGGUUUUGGAGGAUUGGAGACGAUCACCCGAAAAGCGUGAUCUCACCCGAAUCCCUUCUUAUUUUGGCGCUUUUGAAGGAACCAUUUUGACGGGAAUGCAAAAGAUUCUCUACAUGUCCGACGCGAUGAUAAAGCCAGAUUCCGUUGAUGUCGUCCUUCCGCCGCCAGCAAAGUUACUGCAAAUGGUUCGGAGCCAGUUUGUGACGACUCUAUACAAAGCUCUGAGUGGAAUGGUCGAAAACGCAGAGAAGACUGUCAAGAAGGAGGAAGAUGACUGGACAACAGAUGCUGAUGGUCUCGCUAGUCCUGUUGCAAUGAUCAUGGCAACUAGUAUUGGCGCUGGGACCGUCAACGCCGGCGAUAGAAAUGUUCGCAUGCUCCUAACACUAAGCAAUCUCCAAGCCCUGCGAGUAGACGUAGUUCCCAACUUAACCACCCAAUUCGAGAACGCCUUCUCGGUCAAACUUACCGAAGAAGCGAAAACUAUUCGCGAUGUGCUAGGCCAAAUAGACGCCCGGCUUUUCCAAUCCUACACCCGCCCCGCCGUGCAAACAAUCCAAAGCAUAAUCCGGAACGGCAUAUCCGACCCGAACUGGGCGCCGGGCCCGAACGAAAAGCCCAAAGAAGCCCGCCCUUACGUUUAUGAAAUCCUUCUCUCUCUUGUCCUAGUCCACACGCAAGUAUCCACCACCGCCUCGGUCCUCACUUCCCAAGUACUCUCUUACCUCCUCGAACAAGUCUCGCGGGAACUGCUCGAAGCUUUCAAGCAGCGCCAGCGCUACACGCUCCCCUCUCUCAUGCAAGCGACGCUGGACGUCGAGUUCGUAGCGCAGACAUUGAGCCAAUACACCACAGACCGAGCGAGCGAGAUGCAGAGCCAGAUCUACCAGGAGCUCGACAAAGGUACAGACAACGAUGCGCGCACGAAGCUACAGAACGAGUUGCCGGAGAUGAGAGCGGCGCUCAAGAAGUUGAGGGAGAGGAGUCGCAGCGAGUUCGCUUGCUUUAAGAAGGCUAGGUCGAGGGGGGAGCGUACCCCCGGUGCUACGCCUGUUUAGGCUCCGAGUGCUGAUCGAGCGUCACUGGAGCAUGGGAAGGAAUGGGAAGAGGAAUCGUGUUAGAUGUGUGGAAUAAAUUUCUGCUUUUAAUCACUCGAGGAUCUUGAAUCUUGAACUUUCAUGACUGACUGGCUGGUGGAUGUAAUUUGAGAUUGUACGAUGUUAAGUUGUUUAUGAUGCAGUUGAGCAGGAUGGAUAGUGUAUCCUAGCUAGAUAAUCGAGAAUAGGGGAAGAGAGGAUAGCAAUUUAGCAUCUUAUAAUAGCAUACGAUGACUUCACAGAUAAUGGGAGCUAGGC